UCCAGGCGGAGCGCGCCCAGCACAGGGAGCGAGCUGCGUGGGGAUCCCGCGGCGGUCGGGCUCGCGCGGCGCCCUCGCUCCCCCUCCCCUCGGCCCCAGGGCCGCGCGGCCCGCGCCGCUCCGGGAAGAUGGCGCUGCACUUUCAGAGUUUGGCCGAAUUGGAAACAUUGUGCACUCAUCUUUACGUAGGGACUGAUCUCACAGAAAGAAUAGAGGCUGAGAAAGCACUCUUGGAACUGAUUGACAGCCCAGAAUGUCUCAGCAAGUGUCAACUUUUAUUAGAACAAGGAACAACAUCCUAUGCUCAGCUCCUUGCAGCAACAUGUCUUUCAAAACUUGUUACCCGAAUGAAUCCUUUACCUGUAGAACAGAGGAUAGACAUCAGAAACUACAUUCUGAAUUAUGUGGCGUCACAACCUAAGCUGGCUCCCUUUGCCAUUCAAGCUCUUAUUCAAGUCAUUGCUAAGCUCACUAAGCUGGGGUGGUUUGAAGUUCAGAAAGACGAGUUUGUUUUCAGAGACAUUAUUGCUGACGUGAAGAAAUUCCUUCAGGGUACUGUGGAACACUGCAUAAUAGGAGUGAUAAUCCUUUCUGAAUUGACUCAGGAGAUGAACCUGGUUGAUUAUUCCAGACCUUCAGCAAAACACAGGAAAGUAGCUACCUCAUUUCGUGAUACUUCUCUGAAAGACAUUCUAGUGUUAGCAUGUUCACUCCUGAAGCAGGUGUUGGCCAAACCUUUAAAUCUUCAGGAUCAAGAUCAACAAAAUCUGGUGAUGCAAGUCUUAAAACUGGUCCUCAGCUGCCUGAGUUUUGACUUCAUUGGAAGUUCAGCCGAUGAAUCCGCAGAUGAUCUUUGCUCAGUGCAGAUUCCAACAACCUGGAGAACAAUUUUCCUGGAACCAGAAACAUUGGAACUUUUCUUCAAUUUGUAUCACUCGCUUCCACCACUACUGUCUCAGUUAGCACUUUCAUGCUUAGUUCAGUUUGCUUCUACAAGAAGAUCCCUAUUUAGCAGUCCUGAACGUGCCAAGUACCUUGGUAACUUAAUUAAAGGAGUGAAAAGGAUACUUGAAAACCCCCAGGGAUUGUCUGAUCCUGGUAAUUAUCACGAAUUUUGUCGAUUUUUGGCUCGUUUAAAGACAAACUAUCAGCUGGGAGAAUUAGUUUUGGUGAAGGAGUAUGCUGAAGUUAUCGGAUUGAUUGCUAAUUUUACUAUUACUAGCCUACAGCAUUGGGAGUUUGCCCCCAACAGCGUUCAUUACUUAUUAACUCUGUGGCAGAGGAUGGUAGCAUCUGUUCCUUUUGUGAAGUCAGCUGAACCUCACUUAUUAGACACUUAUGCACCUGAAAUCACCAAGGCUUUUAUCACUUCCCGAUUGGAAUCUGUUGCCAUUGUUGUGAGAGAUAAUUUAGAUGACCCCCUGGAUGACACUGCUACCGUGUUCCAGCAGCUGGAGCAGCUGUGCACAGUCAGCAGAUGUGAAUAUGAAAAGACGUGUACUCUUCUUGUACAGCUGUUUGACCAAAAUGCGCAGAAUUAUCAAAAGCUCCUGCAUUCAGCUUCUGGGCUAGCUGUUGAUAUGGCAAUUCAAGAAGCAAGCCUGGCUUCUACCGUCAUAAACAGUCAGCCCUGCUCCUCUCAGACUGUCACCUCUAAACAGAAAGCCUUGGAGGUAGCCGGAGAGGAAGAAUUGAGAGAGCAAAUGUACUCAGCUGAUAAUACUGUAAGGCACCCAUCUUAUCACUGUGUCUCAGCAGGACGUCUCGCAUGGCUGAUAUACUUCGUUGGCACGGUUGUAGGAGGGAGAUUAACGUACACCAGCACAGAUGAGCAUGAUGCUAUGGAUGGAGAACUGUCCUGCCGCGUUUUUCAGCUUAUAUCUUUAAUGGAUACCAGAUUGCCUCGCUGCACCAAUGAAAAAAUAGAACUUGCAAUUCUGUGGUUUUUGGAUCAGUUUCGUAAAACAUAUGUUGGUGAUCAACUUCAAAGAACCUCAAAGGUGUACGCCCGUAUGUCGGAAGUCUUAGGAAUAACAGAUGACAACCAUAUUUUAGAAACAUUCAUGACAAAAAUUGUUACAAACCUCAAGUACUGGGGAAGAUGUGAGCCUGUAAUUUCAAGGACUCUUCAGUUCCUAAAUGACCUUUCGGUUGGCUAUAUCCUUUUAAAAAAACUUGUGAAAAUAGAUGCUGUGAAAUUCAUGCUAAAAAACCACACGAGUGAGCACUUCCCAUUUCUUGGCAUCAGUGAUACUUACAGUCUCAGUGAUUUGAGGUGCCGAACAACCUUCUACACAGCCCUCACUCGCCUUCUGAUGGUUGAUCUGGGUGAAGAUGAGGAUGAAUUUGAGAAUUUUAUGCUACCUCUCACAGUCUCUUUUGAAACAGUUUUGCAAAUAUUCAACAACAACUUUAAACAAGAAGAAGUGAAGCGUAUGUUGAUCGGGCUGGCAAGAGAUCUUCGAGGGAUUGCCUUUGCACUGAACACAAAGACCAGCUACACCAUGCUGUUUGACUGGAUGUAUCCAGCAUAUCUCCCAGUUCUUCAGAGAGCUGUUGAGCGAUGGUAUGGAGAACCAGCAUGUACUACUCCUAUCUUAAAACUUCUAGCAGAACUGAUGCAAAACAGGUCUCAGCGUUUGAAUUUUGAUGUAUCCUCUCCUAAUGGAAUUCUUCUCUUCAGAGAAGCGAGCAAAAUGAUUUGCACUUAUGGAAAUCAGAUCUUGUCUCUUGGGAGUCUCUCAAAAGAUCAAAUUUAUCCAAUGAAACUCAAGGGCAUCUCCAUCUGCUAUUCAGCUCUUAAAUCUGCCUUAUGUGGAAAUUAUGUCAGCUUUGGCGUCUUCAAGUUGUAUGGGGACAACCAUUUUGACAAUGUACUCGAGGCCUUUGUGAAAAUGCUGCUGUCAGUGUCCCACAGUGACUUGCUGCAAUAUCGGAAACUGAGCCAGUCUUAUUACCCACUCCUGGAAUGUCUCACCCAGGACCACAUGAGCUUCAUCACCAACUUGGAGCCUCCUGUGCUUCUGUAUGUUCUCACAUCUCUCUCAGAGGGACUCACCACUCUUGAUACAGUCGUCUCCUCCAGCUGCUGUACGAGUUUAGACUACAUGGUCACCUACCUCUUCAAGCACCUAGCAAAAGAGGGCAAGAAGCCACUUCAAUGCAGGGAGUCUGUGCAGGCUGGUCAGAGACUGUUACACUUUAUGCAACGAAACCCGGAUGUGCUGCAGCAGAUGAUGUCUGUCCUUAUGAACACCAUUGUCUUUGAAGACUGCCGGAACCAGUGGUCAGUAUCCAGGCCUCUCCUGGGGCUCAUCCUACUCAAUGAGAAGUAUUUCAGUGAACUGAGAGCAAGUCUGAUAAACAGCCAGCCUCUCCCCAAGCAGGAAGUCCUUGCCCAGUGCUUCAGGAACUUGAUGGAAGGAGUGGAACAGAACCUGUCUGUCAAGAACAGAGACAGGUUCACACAGAACCUCUCUGUCUUCAGAAGAGAUGUGGCAGAGGCCCUGCGUAGUGAUGGCACCACUGAACUCUGCAGCUUGGACAUGAUGAGCUGACCCAGCUCCUGAGCAUGUGCUGUGCUCCUUCGUCAAGAGACUCUGCAAGACCUGGGGCCCAGACUGCGAUGCUGGCCAGCCCAGAAGAGUGUAUUUUUCAGAACAAGCAGCAAAAGCCCUACAUUUUUAUAAGUCUGACCUAAUUAUAAAAAUUUAUAAUAGUGCACAUACAAUGUAAAUUCAGUAUUCAAAGCAGAACAUGUUUUCAAUCUUAUCUGGGGUCCCACAAUGCCGAAAGGUCCAGAAACUAUAUUUAACCAAAGAACAUAAUAAACCAGACUAGCACCUAGUUCGUGGCUCUGAAAUCAAGGUUGUUGAUUUGAAGAUUCAGCCCUCAGUGUGGGUCCUAAAUUGAGACAAAUGCCAUUUGAACCUGUUGGAUUAGUAGUUUUUACAUCUGGAAAAUGCCACAUUAGGGACUCUGGGCUGUGGGCAUUGAGAAGGAGCCUGGGAAUGCUAUAAAGCAUCCCCCAGGACUGCACAUAGGCCUCUCUGCCUCAGCAACAUCUGAUAAAGUUGAGAGACAGUAACACAAUUAAACGACUUACAAACAAUGUUUGCUUUCCACUGGCAUAAAUCUAAAGUGGUUCAGUCUGGAAGAAUUAAGCUGUGCGGUUGCUGCCUGCAGAGAGAUGUCCUUAGGAUUCUGGAAGCCCCAGGAAGAAGUUCUGGGUGUACCAGUACCUAGCUAGUCCUUUUGACUCCAUUUAAUUGGAAGGAAGCUGGCGGUGGCAUGUAGUGUUGGAAGCAGCCCUGCCUUCUUGGACCACCCCGAGCAGUUCAGGUGCUGGCUGUCAGGUUCCCAGAGGAUGAAGUAGCUGCCCGCCCUCCAUCCUCCACACUCUUAACCACUGUUGGAUUGUGACUUCAUCCAAACACAGGAAAUGAAGGCCUUUACAGUUUGUGACCCGUCAUAACUAAGCUCUUCAUUUGAAACUGCCACUGUCAAAUGGGCUUCCUAUCUCACUGCUGUCCUCAUGGUUCAGGCUUGCAGUAAACACUGUGCCCAUUAUUUCUGAUAAGACAUGAAAGCUUGGCCUCCCUGUUGCAGGGAAGAAAUCCACAGGCUCUUGUUGUAAUCUUGUUUCUCAGACUAGUGUUUCUUCAAACGUUUCCUGAUAGUUGAGUUUUGCAACAGGCUUGUCAUAUAAAAUUGAGCCACCUAAGUUUAUCUCAAAGUGAUUGUCUUCCAUGUGCAAAAGGGAGUCGGGGGAAAUUAUGGUCUGGAUGAGACUGCUUGUGGUGUUUAAUGGCAGAUGGGUCUGACCCUUAUUCCGCCCCACUCCGUUAGGAAAUAUAACUUCCUAGAGAAGACAAAUCCUUUACUUUGAAGCAUCAGCUUUCAAAGGAGCUUGACAAGAAUUUCACUUUGGUUUUUGUUUGGUUUUUAAUUUGUUUAGUUUUGGUUUUCUUGAGACAGAACCUUGCUGUGUAGCCCAGGCUAGCCUGGAGUACACUGUGACUCUCCUGCUACAGCCUCCUCGGUGGAGUUGACCAGCAUGGGCCACAAUGCCUGGCAUCUUGGAUUUGGGGUGUUUGGGGCGGGGUGGUUAUUACUGCACUCAUUCUACAAAAACUACAAAUGGUUAUCCCAUUCCAGCGCUGUUUCUUCACAGAUGCCCAGGGUCUAGAAACACUAUACUGUCUGCAUUAAAAUGUUCACAAGAAGAGAAU